AAAAGUACACUCCAUUAAUGAUAGUGACAAAAUAUUCCAAUUUCCGAAUAAACUUACAAAUGAACAAAAAUUUGAAAAACGCAAAAAAGAAAUAAAUACAAAAAUGAAUGCAAGUUUUCAGAAAGUCGCACCUGGAAGACAUUUGUGUAAUUACCGAAAAAUGGAUAAAAAAUCUAAAAUGAAUCAGAAUAAAAGGGAAAAUAGUUCGAAAAAUGUGAAAAAUAUUGAAGAAUCGAAACUUUUUAGCAAAAGAGUUAAAAAAUCGGUAGUAGGUACAAAACGGCAGAAAAUAAAUGUAAUUAAUGACCAUAAUAUUUAUCGAAAUUUAAGUGAAGAAAAAUAUCAGUCACAAACAAUUGUACCAUUUGGUAAUGAGAAAAUUCGAAUAAAAUACAUUUUUCGCGAUAAUUCGGUAGCGUUAAGUAAAAAUCGGGAUAUUAGAGACAAUAGAAAUAAUGAGAAAGGAAUUGGCGAGAACUGCGAAAAUUGUAUUUGCGACUUAAGUCAAGCAAUUGUGGAUAUGUCAAAUAUAUUGAGAAACAGAAGCGAUAUCCUUGAUAAGGUGGAAAAUUAUAGAUGCAAUUUAUUCGUCGACAUUGGAAGCGAAAUUUUUCUAACGGACACUGAAGAGGACGUACAAGGUCAAGUCCGACGAAAUCUAGAUGAAACACGAGGAUUAAAAUAUGUCGAGUCGGAAAAUGUGGAGAAUACAUUGAAACAGGGAAUCGUUUCGAAUAAUGAUUAUGAAGUAUUUUCAUUACCCGGAUACAAUAUGAAUCUUCCAUGUAACCAUGAAGGUGAAGAUUUUCUAUGGAUGAUGAGCAUCAGCAAACCAAAUUAUACUUGGACUCGAGAAGACAAUUUUCCCAUUUCCGGUAUUGUGCGGAAAAAUGGAAAUCUUGAAUUAUUCGAUGUCGACAUCAAAGAUUCUGGGAAUUAUUUGUGUUUUAUUACUUACAUCGACCCUGAAAAUGAAGAGACAAUAAGAAAUACUUACAAACACAAUCUCCAAGUCGUAACAUUGCCAAGAUAUGCUUUACGGGGUGGAAACCAAUACAGAUUGGACGUGUGUGACGAUGCCGAGAUUGAAGAAAUUUCAACGUACUUUCCAAAAAAACUGAAGGAGAUUCUCUGCAAGGAUGAUAUUUGUGAGACUUUUAUUCUCCCACCACACUGCCAUCGUCAGCGAAUCUCCAUAAACGUCUUGGUCGCCCCUUCGAAUAUUGCAAAGUUAGUGCCAGUUGGUCUCAAUCUCUGUGGGAUUCGAUGCCGCAAAGCAGUUCAAGAUAAAAUUGCACUGUUACUGAGUAGAAAUGUCCGAGCUGUCCUUCAACGACCAAUCGUUUUCAGGCUGCCACACCACAGAGAAAAAUUGGUGCCAGUCGAUUUAUCAGUUAAUAAGCAUAGAUGUAAAAGAUGUAGAAGCAAGAAGAAUAGAUCUUUCAAAAAUAUUGGCGACGUGGGUCUCCUCAUUGGUUGUCCUGCUGGCUUCAAUUUUCAAAAUACUCACUGUCUUCCGUGCCUCGCUGGUUUUUAUAGCGAGGAUGGAUCAUCGCAUUGCAAAAAAUGUCCUCUGGGAACUCAUCAACCGAAUACCGGAGCCAGGGCCUGUCAGACUUGCACUAAUCCCUUCGUAGAAGGGUGUCAUGAAAUGGUUUUGAAUUUGUCAAUAAUCAUAAUUAUCCUGGUGCUCCUUUUUAUAAUUGUACUCAUUUGCUCCAUUGUUUUGUGCUCCUGCUCGAGGCGCUCAAAAAAGCGAAAAACAGUAGAGUGCGCUCGCAUUUCGGAAGUUGACGCCAAGGACUAUUCGGAUAGAAAACCAUUGUUAAAAUUGAAAAAGAAACGGAUUCCAAAUAGUAAUCGUGAAAUAAAUUUAAAUCGUCUCGAGUUCAAGAAAAAGAAUGUUAAGGACAGAUUUGAUCGAAAAUCAGAUAAAAAUGGAUAUGUGCUUGUGUCUCGUGUCGAGUCUUACAAUUCUCAUCAAUGUGACUAUGAAAAUCAUUCGCCAAAGAAGCCGUCUCGUUUUAAACCUCCUGUUCCUGAACCAGAUUUUGAUAGAUGAUAAUCACAAAUAAUAAUAGAGAGAUUACGAAUGCAUUAAAGUUUCAGAAGACAAUUAAAGCAAAAUCAGAUUACAAGACCCGGUAAUUUGUAAACUAGCUUUAGUUUUACUAUUUUGAUAUAAGACCAAUACAAUAGCAAUGUACAAUAGUUAAUUUUAAGGAUAAUUGUGUAAACAUUAUUAUUGUAUAAAUGAACACGAUAUUCUUCUCAGGUAUAAACAUCCUUAAUAAAAAUAUUCUUUUAAUUAAAUAUUACCAAUUUUA